AUGGCGCGCGUUCCCAUCACAGCUCUGCUAUCACACGACCAGGAUGAACAACUGUCCGCUCUACGAACACUCAAGAACGAAAUCGUUGGUCAUGACCAGAAGAAAGAGAAGUGGAUUGAGAAUGGGGUCAUCGAGCCUGUUGUCAAGGUCUUGGACUCCAGCAGGUCUUCGCCAAGCACAAACGGCAAGGACAGUCGAAGUCGCAUACCACCGUCGAGAUCCCUGACAGGCGAGGAAUCAGUGCGAUUACAAGCACUCCAGAUUCUGGCCAGCCUUGCAAAUGGUGGCUUCGCUUUUCUGGCUCCCAUACUCGCUGCUGGCGCCUUGUCCGCCAUAUUAUCGAACAUACCCCCAGCCGACAAUCCUCCUCAGGUCGUCGUUGCAGCCUUGAGGGCUGCUGUAAAUAUCGCUGAAGCCUCGACUCUGGCUCCUCCCACGUCCGUUCCAGACAUCGCUAACCUGGCUGACGUUGUCUUUGUGCCCGCGCUUCUCGAUGCCUUCCGCGACAUUUUAACGAACUCCGCAACAAACCACACUGGGCAGACCCAAAUAAACCUGGUGGCGAGGCUCAUCAGUCUACUAUGCAGGGAAGAGCGCACACGAGUUGAUCUUACGAACCAGGGGAUUCUGGAAGCAUUAGCGACAAACUUGGCAGCCGUCGUCGUAGCCCGAGGAUAUGUGGUUCCUGGCGCCGAGAAUGUCGCCCAGAGCGAGGGGGUAUUGGACUUGAUUCCUGAGCCCGCUGCUUCAUGUACGGACGUCACAGCCAUACUGGAGGCAUCAUCUGCCAUAAUAGGGGACUCGCGCUGGAGGGCCUCUGUGCUCGUCUAUGCCCCAUCGCUGGUAGCUGUCUUCCCGCAUCCUGGUUCACCGCGGCGGUCGAAGGGCAUGAAAGCAUGCGUCAACUCAUUCGAGCUGGCCGGGUUGAGCAAUAUAGCGUCGAAAGACCUAGGAGCCCUAGACUGCUUCCUUCCUGUGGUUCCGGAGUAUCAAGUAAAGGGCACAGCAAUAUCGUCGUUCCCACCACUAGGCUCUCCUCCACCGAGAGACUACCUUGCUUCGUCAAAAGCACCAUCUAUCAAAUGGAUUGCCUCAUCUUUGAACUGGGACACAGCCCAGGCCGAUACGGCUGGCCCAAACACAGAAGCGAUCGUUGAAGAGACGGAGAGCCCGUUAAUACCAUGGUUAAUUCACACAGUACGGUCGGCGCAGGGCAUGGAGAGGAUCAUGGCUGCAUCCGUGCUCACAUCACUUCACAGGACCGGCCUCGCCAACAAGUCCAGGGAGGCCUAUAUGGGCCAUUUAAUCGUUCCAAUACUUCUUCAGACCCUCGAGGACAUUGGUAUCACAUGCGGUGCUGCUGCUGAAGCAACCUUCGUUGAUACCAAGACUGUUACCAACUGGUCCAUAGUCGAACGUACUCUGGCGAUCCUGGCGAGGUUGAUUGUUGACAGCGAGUUUCUUCAGAAAUGUGCAUUCGACUGCGAUGGUGUCAAAAUCGUCAGCGUAUACUUAAAGAGCGCAUAUGAACCCCUUGCCAGCAAGUCGUCAAAAGCAUGGAGCCCAAACAACAGGCGUGAGAAUACAGGCGAGCGCGAAAUCGGGCUACCAACGAGUCGCCUAGGGACUGGCGGCCAGCUGCCUCUUCAAGUUCAUCGCGCACGUGUGAGAGAGAGCGCUCUGAAAGCAGUGGCUGGGCUGGCAGCGAGCAAGGACGACUACCGGAAGGCCCUCGUGGAACAAGACUUGGUACCCUUCAUCGUGGAGUCGCUCUCGCCGAACCCGUCCAACCCCAAGAACAAGGAGCGUCCCAAGUCACCCAAGCGAGCUCCGCUGGAUGAUGGUGGGUUUGAUGCAGCAUACGGGGUCAAUCCUAUCACCGUCAUCGUCGCAGCAUGUCACGCCUUGCGCAUGCUUGCAAGGAGUGUGAGUAUACUUCGGACGACCCUGGAAGAUAACGCGGUCGCUACUCCGGCAUUCCGCCUUCUACGUCACCCGGAUGUCGAUAUCCAAAUCGCGGCGUCAGCCCUGAUGUGCAAUCUUGUCACUGACGUCGCACCAAUGAGAGAACAUCUCAACGAUGUCGGCGUGAUGAGGAUCCUCUGCGAGCAGACGCGAUCUCAAAAUCCAGCGUUGCGUCUCAACGCGCUGUGGGCUCUCAAGAAUUGGAUCAACGGCGUAAGCAUGGAGGCGAAGAAAGAAUGUGUCGAAGAGCUUUCUGCAGGCUGGCUGGUUCGCUUGAUCUGCGAUGAUACUGAGGACGACGCUCUAUACGAGCGGACAACAAAGUCUAAAAAGCAGGCGGCAAACGAUAUGGAUGAUGAUGUCGAAAUGGCCCAAGCUGGAGAAGAAAGCGGAACGUCCAGCUCAGCCAUGCUCAACACAUCCACAUCACCGGUGGGCGAUGAACAAGGUCGCACGCCAAGGUUGCGGCAAACAGAGCGGAAGAUUGCCGCCCUCCGCGAAUCAGAGUUGAGCCUAAUGCGUAAAGUCCGCGACGAUGAUCUUGCAGUGCAAGAGCAGGGACUCAACUUCGUACGGAACCUCAUUGGGCCUGCGACGUCAGCAACCGACUCAGCUCGAGACCAUGCAGACAUGAUCGACUAUCUCUUCAACAUUCUCGGCCAGGACCGCUUCUUCGAGCUCUUACACUCGAAGCUACAGCUUAAAGUCCUGCACCCCUUCGACCGGCGGUACUCCACUAGCCGUGAAUCCCGCGUCCUCUAUCCCCAGGCCCGUAUCGUCUCGGCCGUUGUGUACAUCCUCGUGCACAUGGCAGCCAGCGUGCCCCGACAUCGACAGGUGCUUAUUUCGCAGACCAAGCUACUCACGGACCUGGGCAAGCAGUUUCACAGCAAGGACAAAGAUGUUCGCGUGGCGCUCUGCCACCUCAUGACCAACCUGACGUGGCGCGACGACCCUGAUGACGAGGAUAGCAGCCGUCAACGAGCAGGGGAGUUGAAGAAGCUUGGCCUGCUUACCAAGCUGGAGACCCUCGAGAGCGAUGACGGAGAGCUGGACGUGAGAGAGAGGGCGAAGGCGGCGAUCUGGCAAAUCAGCCAGCCAAGAGGAUUCUAG